CCGAAAGUUGAGAACGACGUACAUUUCUUAGCCUCGUUGUACUCUGUGAUAAGGAUGACACGUACUUCGUGGUUUCGCAUUCGAUCAAGUGAAUCGACCUAAUCCCUCACUUUAACCAUUUCCGCCUUUCGCUCGAUUUCUAACCUGCCGCAUCGAAGCAACACCUGCACUAGUGACAGACUUCGACUCUCCUUCCCUCUCCCAAAGCCUCUUGAAUUUUCUGUCGCGACCGGCGUGACAACUUUCAGCAAUUUAUUCACACUUAUAGCAUCAUGUCGCACCUUCCGAGCACUCCGAGAGUAAUCUCACCGUCGCCGACGGCGUCAGACAUGGGCUCGAGGGACAGCUACUUUGGGCCGAUAACACGAUCGGUCACGCGGCGAAGUCGAGGUGCCACACCAGGCACCAUAGCAGAGAAUGCUAGGGAAAGCCCUGAUCCGGAGACAAGAGCGAGGACACGAAGCCGAAGCCCGGUGUCACAGAGCACGGUGGCAUCUUUGACUUCUUCUGGCAAGGCAACAGCUAGAAAGACUGCCAAAACAAAGACAGGGGGGAUGAAAGAGUCGAAUGGUCACCUCGCACCACCUGAGAACAGGAGUUACUGGCGUGAAAUCAGUCGAAGUCCAAGUCCGCUGGGUCUGAUACCUGUCCACCUUGAAUUCAGGCAAUUUAUACACCGACACGAAAUUCCUCGUAAGGCAUUACAUGUCUCCAUAGGCUUCCUGACCACAUGGCUCUACACGCGGGGCUAUCAGGUCGACCAAAUACAUCCCAUUCUUCUCACGGCAUUGAUACCCAUUGCUGCUUCAGACGUUCUUAGACAUCGCGUCGCCUCGGCGAAUAGACUGUACAUCAAGCUUCUUGGUGCACUCAUGCGUGAAACAGAAGUAGACGGCUACAACGGCGUGAUCUGGUAUUUACUUGGGGCUUGGGCUGUGCUGCGCUUUUGUCCGAAGGACAUCGGCACAAUGAGUGUGAUACUUCUCAGUUGGUGCGACACUGCAGCCUCUACCUUUGGCCGCCUGUGGGGACGUUACACGCCACGAAUUCGCAAGGGCAAGAGCCUGGCUGGUAGUCUUGCGGCGAUGGUUGUUGGCGUUGCCACCGCCGCGUGGUUUUGGGGCUAUGUGGCACCUAACUACGGCGCACUUAAUGGAUGGGACACUGGAAAGAACGCCUUUGCCUUUCAAGGGCAGUUAAGUCUUCCUUCAAGCGUUAAAGGCCUGUUGGGCUGGAAAGAGGAUGAAGGGGUAAUAACAGGUAGCUUAGCUCUUGGUGUUUUUAGUUUGUGGACUGGAUUCGUUGCGAGUGCAAGUGAAGCUGUCGACCUAUUUCAUUGGGAUGAUAACCUAACGAUACCUGUAUUAAGUGCUGCGGGCCUAUGGGGUUUCCUGAAAGUUUUCGGAUCGGGUUAACGACAUAACAUGUAAGACAACCAACACAAGACUCCACUUAAAUAUGCACGUGCAGACAUGCUUUCAACAUCUGACGUCAAGGCUUUGCAAGAUGUGAAUUGUUUUCAGUCAUACUAAGUGCAUUUCGCUCAUCUUGCGAAAGUCGUCUCUUUCGAGAGAACUCCCACUGCAAAUCACGGCCAGUGCUUAGAAACGAAACGUCAAGAGGGAACGCGACAUACUGACAAAUGACUACCUCAACUUGUGAUAUGAAAGUCAUGUUGUUGAUCCCCG